AGGCUCUACUUUCAUAGAGUUUAGCAGCAGCAAGCUUGGAACCGAGAACAACAAUGGCGGAUGCUGAUAAUAAAGCACGUUCAUUGGAAGAGACACCAACGUGGGCUGUUGCUGUUGUGUGUUUUGUCAUAGUAAUUGUUUCCAUCUUCAUGGAACAUGGCAUUCACUUGCUGGGGAAGUGGUUGAAGAAAAAGCACAAACCAGCUCUUUAUGAAGCACUUGAGAAGGUUAAAGCAGAGCUGAUGCUGAUGGGAUUCAUAUCACUACUCCUAACAGUACUGAAAGACACGAUAGCUGGAUUUUGCAUACCAAAGACGGUAGCAGACUCGUGGCAUCCUUGUGAUAAGAAAUCAACGGAUAAAUAUCCAUCUAAAGAAAUGGACCACUGUAAAAAAAAGGGUCAAGUAGCAUUUGUAUCGACCUAUGGAAUCCACCAGCUUCAUAUUUUUAUCUUUGUGUUAGCAGUUUCUCAUAUUCUCUACUGCAUUAUAACCUAUGCUUUGGGGAGUACCAAGAUGAAGAAAUGGAAGGCUUGGGAAAGUGAGACAAAAACGGUUGAAUAUCAAUAUUACAAUGAUCCUGAGAGGUUUAGGUUUGCAAGGGAUACUUCGUUUGGGCGUAGACAUUUAAAUUUUUGGACUCGGUCCAGUUUAACGCUUUGGAUUGCAUGUUUCUUUAGACAAUUUUUUGGAUCAGUUACGAAAGUUGAUUACCUGACACUAAGACAUGGAUUUAUCAUGGCACAUUUGGCUCGUGAAAACGAAACAAAAUUCGAUUUUCAUAAAUACAUCAAGAGAUCAUUAGAAGAUGAUUUUAAAGUUGUAGUUGGAAUCAGUCCAAUAAUAUGGUUUAUUGCUGUCUUGUUCCUGCUUGCCUAUACACACGGAUGGAAAUCUUAUUUCUGGCUUCCUUUUAUCCCCUUAGUUAUAAUUCUAAUGGUGGGGACCAAGUUGCAAGUGAUAAUAACAAAACUGGGACUAAAGAUUCAAGAAAGAGGAGAUGUGGUGAAGGGUGCACCGGUAGUUGAACCGGGCGAUGAUCUCUUCUGGUUCGGUCGCCCGCGUUUUCUUCUUCUUCUCAUUCAUAUCGUUCUUUUUACGAAUGCAUUUCAACUGGCAUUUUUCGUGUGGAGCACUUAUGAAUUUACCAUAAAUUCAUGCUACCAUGAGCGCAUUGAAGAUAUCAUCAUCAGAAUUUCAAUGGGGAUCAUCAUACAAGUUCUUUGCAGCUACGUGACUCUUCCACUCUAUGCUUUGGUGAAUCAGAUGGGAACUAACAUGAGACCAACAAUCUUUAAUGAAAGAGUUGCGGGUGCACUUAAAAGCUGGCAUCACACAGCGAAGAAACAAAUUAAACACAACAGGCAUUCGGAGAAUACAACUCCGUUUUCGAGCAGGCCGGCAACUCCGACUCACGGGAUGUCUCCUAUUCAUCUCCUUCAUAGCCAUCCCGAAAGAAGUGUCGAAAACCGCAAUCCAUCUCCGACGCAUUUGGACUUCGAGAACGACCAAUGGGAUCCGGCCGAUAAGUUCGCCAACUCUCCGAAUCACCAUGAAAUCGAUGUUCUUGAUAUCGAUCAGGGUAGAUCGCACUUGGAAACAAGGGGAGCAGGGGACAUGACAGUCCAAGAUUCUAGCACUUCAGAAAUGGUUUCGAGGUCACCUCGAUCGGCUCGAACACAACAUGCUAUCGAUGUUAGUUCAUCAAAAAAUUUCUCCUUCGCCAAGAGAUGAUCGAGUCAACAAUUGGAAGGAGAACCGGAUUUUA